GAUGAGCGCCAAACUUGUUGACUCAUAACGGAGCAGCUCCUCUCAUCUUUCACGCGCGGAGCUGUCCAGGUCCAGUGGUGCUGAAACUGCCAGUUUCAAACGCGCGCUUGGAUUUAUACUUCCCAUUAUUUAAAACUUCUAUGUUCUUAUCAAGUCCAGCCUUGGCCCGUCUUUAAGCGGCACUUUGUGCGUAUUCCUUUACAGCGACCUCAAGAGUUCAACUUCUUCGAGGAAGUGUAGGAUCCUUUUGAAAGAAUCAUGGCUUUUAUGGUGAAACACGUGGUAGGUGGCCAGCUGAAGAAUCUGACAGGCGGACUGACUGAGGAAAAAACCGAGGCGGAGAAAUCUGACGCGGCCGCGCACGGCAUGACUCCAGAGGAAUUUGAACAGUAUCAGCAACAGUUAGAGGAGGAAAAAAAAGAACGAGAAGCCCAUUUUGCUCAAAAGAAAGCUGAGAGGGCUACAGUUCGAACUCAUUUCCGAGAAAAGUACAAGCUACCCAAGAAUGAAAAUGAUGAAACCCAAAUACAACAGGCAGGAGAUGACAUUGAGCUUCCCCAAGAGCUGGCCAAGAUGAUCGCCGAAGACAACCAAGAGGAAACCCACAAGCAGUCUGUGCUGGGCCAGCUGUCCAAUAUUCAGAACGUGGACAUCGACCAAUUGAAAGACAAAGCCCAGGCCACGCUGGAAGAUCUAAAAAAGCAGACAGAGAACUGCAGUCUCAUGUGAUUUGGCAAAAAAACACUGAUGAUUACAAAUUUAGUUGUAUAAAUAUUUAUUUCUUCUCUCAGAGGCAAAGCUGCUCACAAGGUGGAAAUACUCUAGAUGCCUUAGCGGAAGUUACUGGAGCCAAAUAAUGUUUUUUCUCGCUGUGCACAAUAAGACUCAAGCCAUAUAGAAAGAGGCAUAAUAUAAUGUAGGGUAUGCCAUUUAAUACAUUUAGCCUUUCAGCAGCUCAUUUUCAUAUUGUGUCAAUAAGACUUACCUACUCAUUUGUGAGGCGUUUCCGAUCUUAGGAGCAGUUUCUUCUCUGAUGCUGAGUCAAUCCUUUGUCCAAAUGUAUCCCUCUCUAUACCUCAUAAAGCCAGAAUUACCACAAUAUUACCAACUCUGCAGCAGUCUCAUGUGUAUGUUCAAGUUAUUGAGGUAGUUAUCUCGGAUCAGCAAAUUCAUUAACCAGUGGGAUGGAUUUUAAACAUCUACAGUACCAACAGUGAGGAAGCCAUUAGUUUAGUUCAGUUGGAACUGCUUGAUAUUAAUUACAAUACUAUUCAAAGCACAAUAUAAAGACAGCAAUAUUCAGUCAAAUAAUAGCUGUUUUUGCUACUGUGUAGUUCUGCUAGUUAUAUGGGGAUUUUAGCUUUUCUGUACUUCGGUGUGCCUUGGACAUCUGUGCAAGGUUGUAGUUCAAGAUCUACAAACAUGCUGCUAUCAGCAAUAUCAGGCCCUUUGAUAAUUUUUACUGAAGCCUUGGUAAUUUUUUAAGCAACUACACUUUUGUUAGUUUGUCAACAGUCAGUAACAUAAAAUUACAUGGUUUAUAGGUAUUAUUAUACUCUUAUGUGUCUCUUAACGCAGGUGUGUGAAUACAUGCAGCCAAUCAAUUUAUACAUAUUUGCUGUGUAUUGCGUAUAUCUGGUUGCUUAUUCUAUCUGCAAACCAAUCCUGCUCUCCAGAUCAUGCACUGGUGCCGUCCUCUUCUUGGCCCCUGACCUGUCUUCAUUGACCCCUGUGUCUCUGUGGUGCCGUUCUGUGCUUGUGGAUUUGUGCUAGCACAUGUGAGCUGUCAGUAAAGUCUCUGUGAAAUGUGUCCUGUGACUCCGAGUGCUGUCAGUAAUGAUGGUCACUCCCCUCGGUGUACUGUCCGUGUAUAGUUUUGAACAUGUAAAUUACUGGAGUGAUUUAUAAGAGGAUGAUGCUGCUGUUUUUGUUUUUUUUUGUUUUGUUUUUUUCCAUAUUAUGCUACAUUUUGCUAUUCACAUUCAUGUACAAAAUACAGCUUUUUAAUGUUCUAUCAUCAUAUUUUGGUUUCUGUUUCCUGGGUGCAAUGUACGUGAAUGACUGAAUUAAUAUUAUACUAUUACUGUGGGUGUUAGUGCUAGAAAAAAGAACAAUAUCAAGGAGAAGAGUUUGAAUAAAUUCUUUAAAGAUAAAGCCACCCAUGUAUAGUCAAGAGACUAUAAUAAAGGUUGGAAAAGAAGCCAUAAAGCAAGUGUUUGCUUUGUAUGAGUGUGCAAUAUAAUCAGUAUCAGUUACUGUUGUACUUGUCUUGUCAUGCUGUUAACCAGAAAUUUAAGGAAAUGGCUGCCAAGACAUGCCGUUUCCUCCUGUGUUUAUUUCUUUUUCAAUGCUGUUUAAAUAUUGAAGUGUAUAUUGCGUUAAAGUUGCAAUAAACCUAUUUUUAGGAUCAU